UUUUGGGCGAGCAGACGUCUCUCACUCGCCUCCCACAGAAAAGGUUUUCUGCUUUCUCUCUAAAGAGAGCUCUGAUGCCCCACAAGAGAGCUCUGACGCCCCACAGUAGGAAAGCAGCAGUCUCUGUGGGUGAAAUGAGCUACCAAAAUGGGGCUGUCACUUUACCAUAGGUACUGGUCACUCAGCGCCACCACAACAGGUACAGCGACUCGCCCAAGAACUUUUCCGUGUAGGUUAGGUGUGAAAACGUGGUCACUAUUCAACUUGUCAAAAAACAUUGUUAUCUGUAUCUGUUUAUUUAUUUAAUUAUUUAACAAGUUUUUUCGAAGUUUUAUUGUUUUGCCCACUACUAAAAAUGUCUUCCAAUUUAAAAAAGGAAUUGUCCAAGGUGAAGAAGCUUUCCCAUCCGAACAGUAGGAAAUCAAUUGCUCUUGUCAAGAAAACAAAUAGAAUAAACAAACGAGAGAAGGUGAAACUUGGUUCCUACAUAAAGCAAAAUUUGGUAGCUGAAAAAAUGUUAUGGAUUCAAGAGCACAUGCAGGAUGUUUCUCCAUAUACACCAGAAUUAACAGCGGAAUUAUUACUCGAAUAUAUAGCACGAAAUGAUGAAGAGAUGGAGCAGAUAGCUUUGAAACAUUCAAUUGGAGGUAAAAGAAGUAGACAACAUGCUAGUAGAGAGGAUAUUCUUCGUAUGACUAAGGAACGAGAACUGGAGGAGUACAAAACAUGUGGAAUUGAGAUUCCUGAUAUAUUAAUUACCAGCCAAUAUGAGAUGUUGCGCAAAUGGGAUGGUGAACUACGUUACCUACCAAACUUCAAAUUUCGAAGAUUCGGAAAAAAAGAUUUAAAACUAAAUACUCAAGACAGAACGAAAAAGGCUGAAAGUUGUAAAUUAGUUGCCAAAUGUGAAGAACCUUCCGAAACAGAAAUUGUACCAAAUUCAAGGAUAGAUACAAAAGAAGUUGAACAUCCACCGAAUGUUGAUUCUACAGAAGAUAAUUGUGCCAUGAUAGUAGAAUAAAGACUUCGAAAAAAAUUUCAUUUCUCUUCUUAUUUGUUUCUGAAAUUCAAGUAAGGAAUUUAUUUAGAAGAGGCAAUUAAUUCUACAUUAUAGGUGGUUUGAAAAUAGAUCUUUUUUAAAGAAUUUUUAUAAAAGGGAAAAAAUAACUUAGACCUUCGGGUGUAAGUUCCUUUGAAACAUAUAAUUAAAGACAAUUUUUAAAGUUUAUACUUUCUGUUUAAACCAACAAAAUUCCAAAAAGUUAAUGAUAAUUUUCUAUUUUAUCUACCGAAUUCUAUUAUUCCGAGGCGUGGAAAGAAAGACUCUUGCCGUGUCGAUAAAUAACCUUCUACAUUUUAUAAAUUUUAUAAUAAAAUCAUUUAAUUUUUGUUACUUAUAUAAACUAAGAUUUAAUUAUGUAAAAAAGGUGUAUUAUACCGUAAAUAAACUAAACUAAACUAAGCUAAA